ACAAUGGCUUUACUUCCCGUGGCGCUGCUUCUCAUUGCUAUGCUGCUUCCAUCUUUACCUGCUGAAGGAAAGGAUCCAGCUUUUACUUCUUUGUUAACUUCCCAAACACAAGUGCAAAUGGAGAUUGUAAAUAAACACAAUGAACUAAGGAAAUCUGUCUCUCCCCGUGCCAGCAACAUGUUAAAAAUGGAAUGGAACAGAGAAGCAACACAAAAUGCCCAAAAGUGGGCAAAUAAGUGUACUUUGCAGCACAGUGGUCCAGAGGAUCGACAAACCACUACAAAAUGUGGCGAGAAUCUCUACAUGUCAAGUGACCCUGCUCCCUGGUCAACGGCAAUCCAAAGCUGGUAUGAUGAGAGCCGUGRAUUUACCUAUGGUAAAGGACCAAAGAAUCCCCAGGCAAUUGUUGGACAUUACACUCAGCUUGUUUGGUAUUCAUCCUUCCGCGUUGGAUGUGGAGUUGCCUACUGUCCCAAUCAAGACAGUCUAAAAUACUUCUAUGUUUGCCAGUACUGUCCUGCUGGUAAUAAUGUGAGUAAAAAGAAUAACCCUUACCAACAAGGAACACCUUGUGCGAGUUGCCCUAAUAACUGUGAAAAUGGACUAUGCACCAAUAGUUGUGAGUUUGAAGAUCUCCUUAGUAACUGUGAGUCCUUGAAGAGCACAGCUGGCUGUGAUCAUGAACUACUCAAGGAAAAGUGCAAGGCUACUUGCCAAUGUGAAAACAAAAUUUACUAA